UUUCAAGGUACCUGUAACCUGAAACAGCCAUGUGUGUGAUUUCAGGACAAAAAAUAAUGAGAGAAUUGUAGAGUUGGAUUUUUAACAACAUAUCUUUGUUAAAUCAAUACUUAGCCUUAAAGCUGACACAAAGAGAUCUGAAGAUGUUUUCAUCCAUAGCUUAUUCAUAAUUCAUUAUUGGAAAUUAAAGACCUGACAGGAUGGGAGCUUUCUAUUCAACCCAAUGGUUCAGUUCAAUGUAUUCCAGUGGGGUAAAAACAUUCAUUUUAAAACUGCUCAAAAUAACAUCCCUAUCCAAUUCUGCCCAUUUUAUCAGCUCAUGCAGUAAUAUAUUUGCCGACACUUUAUCAGUCUGUCCAAAUAUCAACACAAAUUGGAAUGUCCGGGCACAUGCUCCCGCCCACAUGUUCACUCAAUAGUUGAAUAAAUCUCUGUUCAUACCGUGCACUACUUGUACACAGCUGUUGUCAGUGUAAUGGUUUUGGAGACAGUUAUAUUCAUUAUGGAUGGUUUAAUCUGGAGAUGGUGUGAUACACCCUAGGUGCUUUGCCCUAAGGAUGGCCAUUUCUUUCUACUUGGCAGGACAUUGUUAUUGAAAGGUAAUGUGAACCCAUGGAAAAAUGAUCAGUGUUCAAGUAGCUGUAGCCAGCCUAGUGCUUGCUGUGUGUGUGAAUUUUGUGCUGGCUGCUAGCCUAGAAGAGACGGCACAGGCAAAGACAAAACGCACCCUGCGUCACCAGUGUAGCCCUCACUUCCACUGUCCCCCAGGCACUGGUCUUCUUCUACCCUGUGACCCUAAGGAUGAGACCCCGUGUCGGCCCUGUCCCCCAGGGUUUUAUGCAGACAAGAAGCACACAGGUGCCUGUACUCCGUGCUCUCAGUGCAGUGGACUGAAGGCACAGUCUUGUACCAGCACAACAGAUGCAAAGUGUAUUGGCAGCCUGCAGGUGGCAGCAAGAGGUGGUUCUCCAGCGGCUCCCUACGAGGUCCUUCCCACUAAACCCAGCACACGUAAAACUCCUAUAGCCCAUACUGAAGAUACAAUAUCUGUGGACCACACUGCUGGAGCAUCGAGCUGGGAAACCCCAGUGAUCAUCAUUGUGGUUGUGAUAGGUGUGCUGGUCAUUGUGUUCUUCAUUGCCUGCUGUGUGUACCGCAGAUUUAAGAACAGGACCAGACAGCAACAUGUAGAGAUUGCUGUCAGGUAUCAAGAUGUAUUGGAACGAGACCCCACUCACAGGGACAUUGCCCAGACCUGGCCAAUGCUACACACAGUGGACACACAGACCACACCACAGAGAGGCAAAUCACCCGCCAAAAAGAAGCAGAAAAGUCCAGGGCUCAUUUCCAGGUCAACUGCAGAUCUUCUGGCACAUCUCUCAGGGGAGAAACCUAAACUCAAGAAGUUGUCCCACUCUAUGAGCUCCUUGUCUUUCUUUCCUCCUCACAUAGAGGUCACUGUGAAGCAGGUCCAUGAUGACACCCAUUUUGAUUUCUCGAGAAGAACAGCUUCAUUAUAUCACCAUACUUCCAUCCCUGCAGGGCUGAAGAGAGAAUGCAAGAGCACGUCGUCCCUCCCUGUAUUCUUAGAUGAUGCUAUGAGCGAGCUUAAGGGUUUUGACAAAAAAGAGGCCCUGAAGAGCCUCACAAAAGGCUUUAUCAAAAAGGCAACUUUGGUGAAAGUAAGACCCAAGGUGUUUGAAGGCUCUAACUGGCUUCAAGAACAAGGGAUCCGAAAAGAACUGAAUGAGAUGUCGUCAUUGACAACACAAAUCCAACUGAAACAGUUUACCCGGCUCGAUGAGGAUGGAAACCGGAUGUCACCAGAUCAGCCCUCAACUUCGCGGGUUUUUGACCACCCACCAGCAGCAGCUGAAGAACUCGAAGAUGAAGUUUUCCAUGUUCCAUCCAAUCUCCAGAAGCAUGUCAAGACCAACAAUGCCAAUCUUGCCCAGCCUUUACUGCAGGCAGACUCUGAGUCAAAUUCUAGUUCCCAGCAGAAACUGAAUGACAAUCAGAAUAUGUCUUUCUUCACAUCAUCUGGAGGUCAGCUGGUCAGAGAGGGGUCUGCCGUGGAGCUUCAUAUCCCAAGGGGGGCAGUGCCCAAGGGACAGACAUUUGCUGUGCAAGAUGGGGUCAUCCUAGACCAAAGGCCAUUUGUGUCUGCUGUUAGCCCAGACGAGAGAAUUAUAUCUCCCAUAGUAGAAUACAAGCUGUGUGGCGACAAGUCGUUUAAGAAGCACGUUCUAGUCAAGAUACCACAUUGCAUUGCAGAUCGUGACCUAUGGGAAGACAUCCGAGUGCUCUGCAGUGAGUCAACCACAGCCCCGUACAUCUUUAAAGAGGUGCCAUACCAAAGCAAGGAGAACAAUGUACACCAAGACAUGUAUUUCACCCUGCGUGAUGGUUACAUAUACUUACAAACCACACAUUUUACCCUGUUCCUCUGCACAUGUCGAAAGCGCAGUGAUAAAGACAUGGUGAUUGAUGCAGUGGUCUUUGGUUCCUUCUCGGAGAAGACCGUUAAGAAUAAACCCAACAGAGAAGUCAGACUGAGGCUCUACCUAUGUGACACAUUGUAUGCAAUCAAGGAUUACUUGGAGCACUUGAAAGCCAGAGAAAAUAGGGUUCUUCUUGAUCAAAAGAGGAUUGAAUUGACCCCCAAAGCAAGUGGGCAAACCAGUGAGUUUGAAAUGGAGCUGGAUGACAGGAAUUUGCCAGAGGGCUGGAGACCUCACAUCUUCUCACUGCGCCAGUGUAAGAAAGUGGAGGAACUAGUCUGUUGUCACAAUGGUGACUUCCCUCCAUUGGCAGCAGAGUACGUCCUACAGAACACGCAAUUUAUGCUGAAGGACACCAGUUUCAGCACAGUGAUAGAAAUCACACACAGGUCCCCAGUGCUGGCUAGCAAGAUCAAGUUUCCACCAUUUUCUAAAAGCUCGUCUGGUGUACAGUAUGGAGAGACAGCUUUUGCCACCACGACAAUCUACAUCAAUGAGGAGCUGCAGAGGAUGGGAAAGAUGAAUGCAAGCUCUUUCAACAAGCUCCUUGUGCAUCCUGCCAGCCCAGAGGAGUGGUCAGAAGUGUUUGAUGUGAUUGCUGGUGAGCUUGGACAACGAGCAACAUGGCCACUGGCCAGAGCCCUGGGACUGACCAAUGUGGAAAUAGAAAAUGUCCAACAUAGGCAUCCUGAUGACUUAAUGGAGCAGAAAAUACAGUUGCUGAGAAAUUGGAGGCAGAAACAAGGUCCUGAGAAAGCAACCAUGUUUGCUUUGAAGUGUGCCCUGAAUAAGGUUGAACAGAAAGAUCUAGCACAGAAAUUACCAUCAUAGGAUGAUUUGAUCUGGUGCAGUACAAUAACAUCAUGUAUUUUUUUAAAAGGAAUAUUUUUUCUGUCCAUCAGCAGAUUUGAAAUUGAGCCUUAAUAUGGUUACUUUAAAGCAUCUUGUUUUAAUUGUAUUGUACAAGACAUGGUAGAUAUUUUACGUUUCUGUUUAAAAUUUAGAAAUGGCAAACUGGUGUUUGUUAUGCAGUCAGUAUAUCUCUUGGAGUGCCAUAUGAAAGACUGACUUUGUUGUUUGGACACUUGGUCCAAUUUUCUUUGUCUCUCUAGUGUAAUGUCUCUGGCAUUGCCAGUUUUAUGUUGUGUUUAAAUGUAUAUUUUUAUCAUACAUAAGUUUUUAAUGUUCAUAAAAUGGACAUAUUCUAAUAUUGACAGCAAUAUUCUAUGGUCCUCACUAAGAUGCAAUGUGGGCAAUAUUUUAUAUUUUAUCUCUAUACUUUGAGAGUAUUGGUUGUGAAUUUGGUGAACCACCAUCAGCAGGAUUCUACAUUGAUAUGCACAAAAUAUUUUUAAAUUGUGAGUCAAAGAUUUGAUACAAAUUAUAGAUGUUUCCAAUUUCCCAAUUUAUUGAUAACGAAUUGUACACAUAAGGCAUGUGGGGUGUGGUAAGGGGAAUUCUUUGCACAGAAUAUUCCACUGAAAUAUGGAAUUUCUGGGCCAUGUGAUUUUCAUCACCCAAGAUUAUUUUGAUACAAAAUUUUCUCUCUUUGUCUUUUUAAGAUAAUCCCAUUUGAUGUCACCAUGUUUUCUCUUUGCUGUAUCUGUUAGGUUUAAAAUCAAUUAUAUAAAUGUCCAAAUAGUAUAUUUCCCUAUUGAAGCAGAGUAUUAAUAAUUGUCUCUAUAUCUGAAAAAAAAAUUAAGUAUUCUAAUAUGGCAGUAAUAAAUGUUUUGUUCUGCUAUAUUCUAACAAUGGAUAGUUUUAAAGGUUGUAUUUGUUAUCUAUUCAGUUUGAUUUUAUUGUUUUUCUUGUCAAAGACAGUGUUGUAUAUAAUGCAUGCUUUAAAGAUUUAUUACAUUGUUAUGUUUGUAUUUUAAAUUUACAGUGUCACAGACACAUGGGAGUAUUAAUGGUAUGAAGUCUGUCACAGGCAGUUUUCAUCAACAAAAAUUUCACAUAGCAUUCCUUAAAUCUUACCUCUCUUACCUAAUACUUUUGCAAAUGGGUGCAGCACUCCCAGAAUGAACUGACCUCUAUUCUUAGCAAUACACAUAGACAUGUGAUCCAAGUGAUAUUAUGAAUUAAUCAGUGAAAUACUAUGUACAUUUAUAGUGCUUUUUUAUCUACAGGUGACAAUUAUGGUUCCAUGUUCUUUGAUAAUCAAAUGUAUUAAAAUCUGGGAAUCGAGAAAUAUGGCUAUACUUAUUAUUAUUUGGAUGCUGUGUAUCACGAGUUUAGCCUAUUUAACUUUCAUAAGCUUGUCUGCUUUGUCACCAAAAUCUGAAAAUCUGACUGUCUUAGAAAUAGUUUUAAAAAACUAUUCAAAACUAUUCAAAACUAAUGAAUUUAAAUUGUAUAUCUUCAGUGUGAAAACCUACUGGUUAUGACUCACUGUAGUCACUGUUCAGACUGUUUAUGUUGUUGCUUAAUGUCAGUAUUUGCUAUUUUUGUGUUCUUGUUUACCUUUAUUGUUGUGUUGUUGAAAAAUGGUCUCAAGUAAUAAGAAAAUAUCUCUUCAUUUCACAUAUAUGUUCAUGUAUGGAUA